GCGUCAAGCUCGUUUACCAAACCGUCCCCAAAGGCAAGGUUCUUUCCUGUUCUGAUAUUCGUUGCGAAUUUUUCAAGCACAUUCGUCCUUCUACAGGCAUGUCCUCCGUAAACAAGCUGUUUGACUGCGUCCCUAAGUGCUAUUUUGGGAAGAGUACGGAAAAGAGCACUAAGCGCAUUGGAAACAAGCAGUCACCGGUCAAUAUUGUGACAAAAGACGUCACACCGGAUCCCUAUUUGAGGGACAACCCGUUGCAGUGGGACGAUACUGGCCUACUGUCUACGAGCAUCUCCAACACCGGUGAGACAUGGGAAGUGAGCGUCAAGGUGGCGGAACCAAACCUUCGCGGGGGACCUCUGCAACACCACUACCAACUGGAUCGGUUUCAUGCCCACUGGGGCAAGACCAACAACACCGGCAGCGAGCACCGUGUCGACGGGAAGCAGUAUGCCGGUGAACUGCACUGGGUCCAUUUCAACGCCGACAAGUACAAGUCAUUCGUGGAGGCAGCUUCAUCUGAAGAGGGUCUCGUCGUGGUGGCUCUGUUCUUGGAAGAAGGUGCAGCUAACCCGCUGCUUCAGAGCGUCGUCGACUGCAUCCCGCACAUCAAGCACAAGGGCAUGAAGUGGGUACUGCAGAAGCCUCUAGACAUCUCCUCGCAAAUUGCAACCGGCAGUAGCUACUGGACGUACGAAGGCUCGCUGACGACACCACCGUGGUACGAGAACGUCACAUGGAUUGUCUACAAGCACCCCAUCGUAGUGUCACCCGAGCAGUUGGCAGCUUUCCGCACGCUGAUGUCGUACGAGGAAAAAGUCCAUCCGCAGAAGUCUUCCGAUGGUCCAAUUGAGUGCAAUGUGCGUGCCACACAGCCUCUUAUGCGACGCAUUGUGCGGGAGCCCCUGAAGAAACGGGACGAGAGUGGCCCUCGUUCACAGGGACGGCCUUGUUCCCAAGAGUGCUCGCAACUUCCGCAAAAGAAGAACUAAGGCGUCAAAUCAGGGACAGUGGCUUGAGACAGAGCUGUGUGUAUUUUAUGUAGUUGAUGUAGCUGAAGAAAUAUUCGUAAACUUUUUCGUUCUACCCGUUCACUCCGACUACGCUCUGAGCCUUACGAGGACAAUCAUAUGCCUUCAUAUUCUAGAGGACAUGUCUUAUGUACAAACCUUCCAUGACGUGGGCGAUUUUACAAUUAUAUAAAUGUCGCGUGAGCUCUUAGCCGCUGGCAAUUACGAACCAUAAUACUGUAAAGGAACUUCAGUGGCGAUGACCAAUGUUCAAGUGCCUUGUAAUACGCCUUAUACGAGCGGCUGUAACAUAGAGGCACAUUUCCCAAUUUCGCGAAAAAUAGACAGCUUUCAAAAUUGUAUUACAGCUGAGCUUUUAUCCUUACGGGACGUAGAUAGAAAAUCAGCAUCAUCUUCAUGAGCCGGCACACGUUUACAACUUCCCCUGCAUUCUGUACGGAUGGUGGACAAGAGAACCUAAUACUU